AUGACUAUGCAAAAGGGUAACAACAACAACCAUCAAAAGUCAUUUGAAGUUUCCAUUGAUUCCAAGUUCUUUGAUGAUGAUGGCCGUUUAAACGAUUCUGGAAACAAAUGGACAGGAAGUGCACACAUAAUAACCGCAGUUAUUGGUUCUGGAGUGCUGUCAUUGGCAUGGGCUAUAGCUCAACUUGGAUGGAUUGCUGGUCCAUCAAUGAUGCUUCUUUUCGCUUUUAUUAUUUAUCACACUUCCACUCUUCUCUCUGUUGGUUAUCGUACCGGGGACCAACUUAAUGGCAAAAGAAAUUAUACUUACACUCAAGCUGUUGGAGCAUAUCUUGGUGGUUAUAAGGUCAAAAUUUGUGGAAUUAUUCAAUAUGUUAAUCUUUUUGGUGUUGCCAUUGGAUACACUAUAGCAGCUUCUAUAAGCAUGAUGGCAAUUAAAAGGUCUAAUUGUUUUCAUAAUAGUGGAGGAAAAGAUCCAUACUUUGAUCAGUUAUGGUGGCUCUCUUCUUUAGCUGCUGCUAUGUCUUUUACAUACUCAACUAUUGGUCUUGGUCUUGGUGUUGGGAAAGUUAUAGAAAACAAAGGCAUUAAAGGGAGCCUAACUGGUAUAACUGUUGGGACUGUCACACAAACCCAAAAAGUUUGGAGGAGCUUCCAAGCUCUUGGUAACAUAGCUUUUGCAUACUCUUACUCACUCAUACUUAUAGAAAUUCAGGACACAAUCAAAUCGCCUCCAUCGGAGUCGAAAACAAUGAACCAGGCUACAUUGAUCAGCAAUAUAGUCACAACAUUUUUCUACAUGUUAUGCGGUUGUUUUGGUUACGCUGCUUUCGGAGACUCGAGUCCCGGAAACCUUCUUACUGGUUUUGGUUUCUACAAUCCUUUCUGGUUGCUCGAUAUAGCCAAUGCCGCAAUCGUGAUCCACCUUGUUGGCGCUUUCCAAGUUACUGCCAGCCUAUUUACUCAGCAUGGAAAUAUACAUUGUUCAAAAGAGAAUACCAAAUGGAGCACAAAAUGGAUUUGUCUACAAAUUCUUAGUGCUUCUUGUCUUGUAAUUUCUUUAGCUGCUGGAAUUGGUUCUGUUGCUGGUAUUGUUACUGAUCUUGGAGUUUACAAGCCAUUCCAUGCUAUGUACUAG